AUGGAUAUCCUCGUCUCUGCAAUCGUGGGUGACCUCAUCAGCAGGUCUGCAUCGUUCGUGAUUAGCAGAUACUUCCAGCAGCAGCCUGACAUCAAUAAGAUUCUACAGAGGCUAUGGAGUGUCCUACUGAGAAUCGAUAUCUUCGUCGAGGAGGCCGAGGCACGGCACAUCACCAACCAGGGGAUGCUCCGUCAGCUCAAGAUGUUGAGGCAAGGAAUGUACAGAGGCCACUAUGUUCUCGAUGCCUUGCGAUUCCAAGCCGCCCGCGGCGAGGAGGAGAUGAGCCACUCGUCAUCUGCACUGUCCAAAUCCAGUCCAACCAAAUGCCUUCGUUUCUCUCGCACCCGCAGUGGCAGCAGCAGCAGCAACAGAGAAGCACUGUUGUUUGGCACAAACAACAACAUACAAGACGAGCUGCAACGGAUGGUUGAUACCCUUGAAGACACCGUGGCUGGUAUGAAGGAGUUUCUUUUCUUCAUGGAGCUGUAUCCUCGGAUCCUCCGCCAACCUUAUGGUAUGUAUUUGCUAUUGGACAACUGCAUGUUUGGUCGCCAAAUGGAACGGGAACAGGUUCUGAAUUUCUUGCUUAGUCCUGGUGCUACAUCAGACUUGGCUGUACUUCCGAUUGUUGGUCCAAUAAGAGUAGGGAAGAGCACCCUUGUUGAACAUGUCUGUAGGGAUGAGAGUGUGCGCAGUCACUUCUCGAUGAUCCUGUUCUUUCCACAAGGUAGUCUCAGGGAUGAAGGGGUGGUUGACCUGAAAAGAAACAAUAUUAAUGGUCUAGUAAGAUAUCGAAACUCUGCUUCUCAGACCAGGUUGCUGAUUAUUGUUGAAAUAGCUGAGGAUAUUAAUGAAGGAACAUGGAGAAGGCUGAAAUCCUCCACAACCGGCAUGACACCGUGUGGUGGGAGCAAAAUUAUAAUAACCAGUCGAUCAGAUAGAAUUGUGAAUCUGGGAACAACGGAAGCACUUCGACUGGACUUUCUCCCUCCAGAAGCUUACUGGCAUUUUUUCAAGUCACUUGUGUUCAGAAGCACAAACCCUGAUGAGCAGCCAAAACUAGCAACAAUGGCCAUGGAGAUCGCUUUGGAACUGCGACAGGGUUUCACAAGCGCGCAUAUCGCUUCUGGGAUAUUGCGACAUAACUUUAAUGCUCGAUUCUGGUGCACAGUUCUUGAAUGUGUAAGAGAAAGUAGACAGACAAAUCUCAAUAUGUUUGGCCAGCACCCAAACCUUCGUUUACGGGAAGAUGCACCAGUGUAUUGUUGGAGAUUGGUGAAGAGCUGCAGAUAUUUCUUGAUUCACAACUAUCAUCAGUCAGAUUCCAGUGAGAAUGUCCCUAAGAUCAAUCUGAGGGACAUCGUCUUAGGAUCUGGUGGUAAACUACCCUGUGGAGAAUUUGAGGCUCUUGCAUGGAAGUCGCGCAUACCGCCCUACUACAACUACAGGGUAAGCUGUAAGAUGCAAGCACCACAACUUACAGUAGGAAGGAAGAAGCGUGUGCGUCAAGAGGAAGAACAUUUUGUUUGA